UGGAGACACACCCACACCCCUGUCAUCGAGACGUCUAAUGCCCCACAGAAACUUUUCUGGAUAGCUUCAAUUUCCACGUACGAUACCUACCUCGACAGUUGGACGAUUCCUGACGGGACCAAUUGAGCCACGGCCAUCGCGUCGCAAAUCACCAAAUCCUUGUCAUUCUCUUCAUCUGUAUCUUUAGCUUCAUACACCGCCUCAUUUGUCACCACAAUCAGCAAUCCGCGACAAUGGCAGCCUCCUCAAGAGGCAUGAGCCUCUGCCUCCUCCUCGCCUCCCGACCCGGACCCCUCUGCGCGACGGCGACAACCACACAACCUCUCCUCUCCCGCCGACUCUUCAGCUCCCUGAGCCUCCUCCGAUACGCCGCAAAACCCUCGCGCACGACAGCGAUCCCAAGCAACCUCACCCGCAGCGCCGUCUCCAAGCCUCCUCCUCCUCCUCCUCCGAAAUCUCCCCUCCCAUCAACGAACCCCGCGACAGCAACAACAUCACCAGGCGGUGGGACCGCAGGCUCAGCUUACGCCCUCGCAACACACUUUGCCCAGCGGCCCCAACCCACAGUCCUCUACGAAGCCGCCUCCCACCUCUGGAUGAAACUCUCCGCCUGGUCCGCCGCCACAAUGUUCUACUCCUACGCGGGGAUAAACUACUACUUCACCCUCCUCAACCCGCCCCCGGACCUCGCCUUCUGGGUCCCGCACGCCUUCGCCUUCAUCUGCGUCGCCACCGCCGGCUUCGGCUCCUACUUCCUCUUCAACGCCCGCAACAUUGUCAAGCUCAUCCGCGCCGUGCCCACCGCCUCUCUCGUAAAGUCCGCCGCCGCUGGCGGCGGCGGCAGCAAGACCGGUAAGGCAGCGGCUGAUGUUCUCCCCCUGGGCGUGACCAGCGCCAAAGCCACCCCCAUCGUCCUAGAAAUCACAUGCGAGCGCAUCCUCCCCGGAACCCCCAAGAAACUCCUCGUCGCGCCGGAGCAGGUCCGGAUCCCGGGCCGCAUCUACAGGCCCUUUAUCGCGCCCACGCCCGCCAUGGAGAGGGCCGCCGCGCGGCAGCAAAAGGUACAGGCGAAAGCCGACUGGGAGUACGACAAGAACCACCUCAUGACGACGCCGAUCCGGCACGCAAGUAAAGGGUUCAAGGCGGUGUGGUACGGCGUCCGGAGGGCCAUCACCAAGGAAGGUUUUAUGCGCAUGGAGGCUGGCGGGGAUAAGCUCAAGCUGGACGUGUUUACGGGCUGGGCGCUGGAUGAUGGGCGGGCUAUUGAUCGGCUGGUCAAGGUUGGAGCGUGAAAUAUGUGAUGAAUUGGUUGUGGAUGAGGGGGGGGGGAUUUUGCCCUGAUGGGUAGGUUAGCUGCUCUUCUAUCAUCGAGCGUGGUUGUACAAUAUUGUAUUAUGAUGGAGUCCCAAAGUAG